UCCAACACACUGCCCUGUUCAUUCUCAGGCCGGGUAGGACCCCAGCAACAACACUACGAUCGGUUCAAUAUACGAACAUUGGGCUUUACAAUCGUCAUCCAUCCUUUGAAUAGAUACAGUUUUGUGGAUAUAUAUCACUGUCGCUGAUCAGAAGAUACACUAAGUCGUUAAACCGAAUCCGAAGGCACUGGGAAGAGGCGCAAAGAAAAAUUUCCAUACUCGAUGACAUUACAUCGCAAUGUCCGAUCGUUUGGGGCAAAUAACCAAGUCCAAGGAUGGGAAAAGCAAGUAUUCCUCACUCAGCCUAUUUGACAAGUACAAGGGAAAAUCAGUAGAGAAUCAGAAAAACACAGUAGUUCCACGACAUGGCUUACAGAGUCUUGGCAAAGUGGCCACAGCCCGGCGCAUGCCCCCACCUGCUCAUCUGCCAAGCUUGAAGUCUGAAAACAAAGGAAACGAUCCCAACGUGAUUAUUGUGCCCAAAGACGGUACAGGAUGGGCAAACAAGCAGGAACAACCCGAUCAAAAGAGUUCUAUUGCAUCAAUACCACAGCUGCCGGAGUUGCAGCCGCAGCUGGCUUUACAGAAAUCUGUCUCCAAUCUUCAGAAGCCCUUGCCAGUAGCCAACCAGGAGAACACAAACACAGGUGGACCAAAGCAAUGGGCCCAACUAAAUGGAAAGGCAGUAGAGCACGAUGGUUCAAGGGCCUCAAACCGACUUCAGCCCUUCUCUCACGAGGAAUUUCCCACGCUGAAGGCAGCUGGAGAACAGGACAGGGCUGGCAAGGAAAGAAGCGGCUUCGAUCCGUCGUAUGGGCCCGGACCAAGCCUCCGCCCCCAGAAUGUGACAAGCUGGAGGGAAGGUGGUGGCAGGAACCUUCAGCCCUCGUCCCUAACCCUUGGCCUGCCUGCAGAUCCCGAGGGUAAGAUUACUGCCCUGGGUGAGACUGGCAGCCCUCCAGCCACGUCUCACCCGUCAUCUGCCACUGGCACCGCCUCCUCAAGUGCAGUGACAGCUCCGUCACCAGUCCUUGACCCAAAGGAGCCUUCCUUGCGACCUGCCCAGCCUGUCCGCAGAACAACCGUCCCUACUGCGCUGCAGUACCAGCUUCAUCAUACUUCCACUGCUGUCUACCAUGACAUGUUGCCAGCAUUUAUGUGCUCUAAAGAGUCGCGUGAAACCCCAGGCACAGAACAUGUUCCCACCACCAUAGCAGCCCCUGCCAGAUUUGACAGCAAGCCUACAUUCAGACAGAGCUAUGCCAAACCUGAACUGGUUAACGGCGAUGUGAGAAGAGAGAACCGUUUUGUUCGUGCUCCUCCAAGGCUCUCGUCUCAGCCAAUCCGAAGGCCUGGUGACAGGCCACAACGGGCAGCCAUUAUUAAUCCAGAGGACCUGAAAGACCUGGAUGAGCUUGACAAUGAUUGCGAGGAUGGAUGGGCCGGACUUCAUGAGGAAGUCGAUUAUAGUGAGAAGCUCAAGUUCAGUGAUGAUGAAGAUGAGCACUCAACCAAUGAUAAAAACAAGAUGUGGACUGAAUGGGAGAGGGAGAGAGAAAACCAGCGUGACUGCCAGUCCUCCUUGAGUUCAGGAGAGGCAUCUUAUUCCCAGGACGCACCCGACGAGACUUAUUCCUACCAGCAUCACCAUCAUGAGCCUUCCAGGAAGAUCAGUGGGAGAUAUCUCUCUGUAGAUACUAUGGCUCAGCAGAAAAACCAAGGUGAGCUGCAGGCUGACCAGGAAGAUCACCAUCGCCAGGCUCCUGCUAGGGCAAAAUAUGUUUCACCUGAGCUGUCAGAAGCUGUUGAGAGGGCCCGCAGACGCCGUGAGGAGGAGGAGCGGCGUGCUCGUGAGGAACGUCUGGCUGCUUGUGCUGAAAAACUCAAAAAGCUGGAUGAAAAGUUUGGCAAGACUGAAAGACAGACAUCAAGAACAGAGGAAGGCCAGAAGGAAGGAGAGGGUAAAGAUGUCCCUCUGUCCCCAAACAGAGAACUAAGUAAAGGCCACCAUGAAAAUUGGCAAUACAGCUCAAAAGAUGGAAGUGAGUGUCCUCCAGACAACUCUCCUGGCCAAAGUUACAGUGAGGAACCUGGUUUCUCUACCUACCGUUCCAGUGAGGAUGAUCUCCAGGAGCCUUUGUCCCCCACUGGAGAGUACAGUGGACGCCACUCAUCCAAACCCAUCCCACCACGCUUUCAAAAGCAACCCCAGCACCACCAGCAGCAGGAACAAGUAUACAAGAUGCAGCACUGGCAGCAGUCAGGUCACCCAACCUCAUCUGGCUCAAGCCAUGGCCAGAGAGGCUAUUAUCCUCCUCAUGUCCUUGGAUUUGACCCUCGUUGGAUGAUGAUGCCACCUUUCAUGGACCCCCGCAUGACUCAAGGGCGAUCUCCUGUAGACUACUACCCUGGUACAGUCCACUCUUCAGCAGGAAUGAUAAAAACCAUGGUAAAUCAAGAUCACUUGAAUAGUCCUGGCUCUGACGAGGGGUGCCACCCUAACCUGCACCAGGAGAGAAGAGCCCCUUCUACUGAGCCUUACCCUAUGUGGAACCAAGAUGGCUACCCCCUGCGCAGCUUCACACCACCUUACCAGAGACAGCAUGAUAGCUCAGACAGUGGACAGCCAGAUGACAGAAGUGACAUUGCCUGCUCACAACAAGACUCCUAUGAUGAGAGACCUAGUGAGUGCUUGUCCCACACUCAAGAUGAUCUCUCUCAUCACGUUUACCACAGAGGCCAAGAUAGAGAACACCAUGAGCAAGGUUUGCUGACCACUGCACAGAAACACUCCCAGAGCCAUACAGACCUGAAGGAUGGCCCUGAAUGUCAUGAUGUGAUACUAGAUAGCUCCAGGGACAGUUGGAAAAGGGAUGGAGGGCAGAAACAAGACGGAGGUCUUAAUAGUACUCAAAAACAGUGGUCUGAACCUAGUUCCAGCUCUAGCAGUGGUAUCAGCCAGCCAUCUGAGACCAGUGGGCGCACCUUAACCCGUAGAACUGGACCCAUUAAGAAACCAGUUCUCAAGGCUCUUAAAGUGGAAGACAAGGAGAAUGAGAAGCCAAAGCCCGAGCCUGAAGAGAAGCCUGUCCCCUACCGUCUAGAGAAAGAAGUCCUGACUAAUGUUUAUGACUUGAAGAAAGAUAAUCAGCCUCCCAGCAACCGACGUUCAGUAUCACCUGUUUUUGAGAAACAACCAGAAGAGAGGCAGCGUCAGUCACCAGCUCCCACCAAAACAGAAAGACCUCUGAGCACCCACAGUGACGAAGCUCCUAAAGAGAGCCCCUGGGACAGCAGUAAGAGCCAGACAUCCAGAGAUGGCCAAGAAAACAGAGAACCCCAGGCACCACGGCGUAAUAACUGGAUUUUCAUUGACGAAGAGCAGGCUUUUGGCACAGUUAGAGGAACAGGUAGGGGCCGUGGUCGUGGCUUUAAGGAUUUCAACUCUAGAGGUGGAACUCGUGGCCGAGGAGGAGACAAUGUCCGAGGGGCUUAUAACAACAAUACCAGCAGUAAUGGCACUCAGCGCACAAGCAGAGGCCGAGCACCACCUAGAGAGCUUGUCAAGGUGGAAGAGUUUCAGAGGGGGAAGUCCCGGAGGCGAAAUGUCAGUGAGACUUUGAGCGAAACCUCAGAGUAUGAAGAGCUGCCCAAGAGACGCCGUCAAAAAGGAUCUGAAAAUGUAGAAGGCUACACAGAGUCUGGAGAAGUCCGUAAAGUUGAUAGGGACUCCUGGAGAUCCAACAAAGUGUAUACAGAUGACCAGGCAACUACAGAUUCUAGAGAAAAGGUCAAGACCAGCAGAGGCUUUGGAAGCCGUAUGUUGCCUCCGAGACUAAACACUGCUGGAAGUUACAGUCGAAGCAUCGGAGGCUCGAGGGAUAUUUCUACAUGGAGAGGUCGUGGGCCUCAGUUUAAUAGUAGUGGUGGGCCUGCCUUGCAGGAAAAUGGUUAUGUUCCUGGAGCGGAGACUAAUUAUACACGCAGACCUCCUGUUGAACGUGAGCCCUUCAAGGGCACCCCAAAAUUUACAGGCUCCUUCUUGGAAAAUAACACAGAAGACCGUGAAGGAGAGUAUUACUUCGACAACGAUAACCCUGACAGGCAGAUGUUGAGGCGGCGGCGUCCACCCCGUCAAGACAAACCUCCACGAUUCCGCCGUCUGCGACAAGAACGUGAACCCGGAUCAAACCAGUGGACAAGUGAUGAGUACGUAAAUGGAGACUUCUCAAAUCCUUGGCCUGGGCGCCCCAAAGGCAGCGGAGAGGAAAACUGGCCAAGUGGCCACUACUCUGGAGGGCGUCCCAGCCAGCAUGCUCAGGCAGAAGAAUGGGACACAGGAUCAGACAACAGCGACUUUAGUGACUGGAGAGAGAAGCGAGGCGGAAGUGGAGGCACAGUAGCGCAGGGGCAUGAUAUCCCCUCUGACUCUGGCCACAGUGAACCAGGUUCCAGCGAAAAGAGGGAACUUUCCAAGCGAAGCUUCUCCAGCCAGAGACCACUGGUGGAACGGCAGAAUAGGAAAGGAGACCCAUCACUGCUGGACGGCGGCAAGAUGACACGUGUGCCUGAUAUUCCUCCCACCAGCGCCUCUAACAGGGCUGAUAGCUGGCACAAUGGAGGAAAUUCUUGUAAGAGCAGGAGCUCAGAUGAGUCUGGCCCAGUGUACGCUAUAGAGCAGCCAGAAGAGAGAGAGUCCAGUGAGACCUCCGGGAAGAAAUUAGACAAGGACCUGAAACCUGGACCUGUCAAGACAGACAUUGUUGAACCGCUGUCGCAGUAUGAGCUCAGCAGCUACCCAAUUGAAGGUGACACAGGGGGAUCAGCGUCAAAUCCAGAUGGAUACCAGGAUGCCUUGUCUAAGAAGCAAAGACGUCCACAGGAGGAUGAGAGGAGGAGGAAGGAGCAAGGACCGGCUGUGACGGUGAAAAGUAGGCCAAUUGGAUCCAAGAUACCGCCACGCUUUGCCAAAAAGCAGGGAAGCAUGAGUAUGGAGCAGCCCGAGGAGACACUGUCUGCCAACAACCUAGGAACCGAAAUCUGGGAGACCAACAACUCCGCUCUUUCAGUUCAGUCUUCAGGGGGAGAUUCAUGGACAAAACAGGUGUCUUACACUGGCAGUGAGCCCAAUUCCGAGGACUCUGAUGCUGGCCCAGAGCAGAAUAAAGAACAGCACAAACCAGGGCCGAUUGGAAAUGAACGCUCUCUGAAGCACCGCAAGGGUUCAGAAGGCAUCGAUCGGCUGGAAGGUGGUCCCAUCACGCCAGUCAAUGGAGUGGACCUCCAUGUAGAUGCCGUGCUGCCUGUGCCACCUAUUGAGUUCGGUGUCAGCGCCAAAGACUCCGACUUUAGCUUGCCCCCGGGCUCCUCACCUGUGCCCACGUCUAACCCUGGCAACAAGCUUCAAGAUGCACUUAAUGCCAACUUUCUUUCUUUUAACCAGACUGCUCUCAAUCAGAGCAUCCCUAUGCUGCGUUCCAAUCACCUGCAGCCUGGCAUUAACCUCAACCCCAUUACUUUUCCUAAUGCUGACCUUACUCUGAAGAUGGAAUCUGCACGGAAGGCGUGGGAGAACUCUCAGUCGCUCCCUGAGCAGGGCUCUCCUGGUGGUGCUGCGUCAGGUGCUCAGCCUCCAUGUAGUGUCGGCUCCUCCAGCGGUGUCAGCUACAGUUCCUUCGGAGGAGUUUCCAUGCCUCCGAUGCCUGUGGCAUCAGUGGCACCUUCCAUGUCAAUGCAAGGUAGUCAUAUUCCUCCAUUGUAUCUGGAUGGUCAUGUCUUUCCAAGCCAACCACGCCUCGUCCCUCCCACCAUGACCCAGCAGCAGACCUACCAACAGGCAGCUGCGCCCCAACAGAUUCCCAUCUCGUUACAUACAUCACUUCAGGCCCAGGCUCAGUUAGGGCUUCGGGGAGGUCUGCCUGUCUCCCAGUCCCAAGAGAUGUUCAACUCUAUUCCCCCAUUCAGGUCCCAGGUUUACAUGCACCCUAAUCUGUCACAGCCCAGCCCCAUGGUGCUCUCGGGCGGGGCCCCUCUCAAAGGGCCCUACUCGGCUUUUCCUGGAAUGCAGCCCUCGGACAUGGUUAAGCCCCAGUCAGGCUCACACUACCAGCCAAUGAACGGUAACCAGCAGCUAGUCUAUGACAGCCAGAUGAACCAGGGACCCGGUAUGGGUUCCUCCCAGUUAAUGGACUCUCAGCUCAUCCAGGUGACUAUGCCCCUGCCCGGUUCUCAGUUGCGCUAUGGCUCAGCUCAACAACAUCUCAUCCUGCCACAGUCCAUCCAGCUGCAGCAGGGACAGAACCUGUCAGUCGGAGCCCCACGCCGGAUGCUGCCACCUGGCUCCCAGGCCGCUGUCAUGCCUGGCAGUAGAGAGGGCUCCCAAAUGGAAAUGAAAGGUUUCCAGUUCUCUGAAAAGCCUAACCACUCCCCAGGCUUGUCAGGAGGGUCCUAUAGGCCUGGUUCUGCCAGCCCCAGCGGAAAGCCCUCUGGUCCUGGAGGCCCUGUGGGUCCUCUGCCUACACACUUCACUCAACAGGUCCCACCCACUCAGGGCAGCAUGGUGAUGCACAUGCGGCCCCCUACCACAGGCCCUUACCCCAACCCUAUCCAGAGACCUGUAAUGCAGGUCAACAAACCUGUAAUCAUUCGUUCCCCUCCUUAUCCUAACCCUGGCCGUGACCCUCCCCAUUCUACCCCUCCCUCUGCCCCCGAGCCCCCUGUCAAAGGGCCAGAGGAUGGCAUGAAGAACAAAAGCAUCCGUGAAGUGCGAAAAGUGGUGGGUGAGAGCAAAACACCACCCGGAGGCUUGACCAGCAAACUCCAGGAGCCCCUCCCCUCCACAGGGCAAGCCAAACCAGCACGCACUGGAGCCAUAAAACCCCAGGCCGUCAAAGUAGAGGAGGGCAAGGCGUAACAAUGGACCUUAAGAUCUCAUCACCACUUAGCCUGCCAACACAAAGCCCCCCGACCCGACCAAUGUCUGAGCCUUCCAAGACCAAUCUUACCCGAAGGCACGGGGCAAAAGUGCAGACAUCACGAGAGAACUCAGAACUGGACACUAUUAUUUCAAACCACAUAUAGAGAUAUAUAAAUAUAUAUAAAUAUAUACAUAGACACACUUUUAAGCAGAUUUCUUCAAGGUCCUCUUUUAAUUUAUUAUUGUCACAUUUAAGGGGAGAAUAGUAAAAAUAAAUAUUUGUGUUUUUUGUGUUUCUCUUCAUCUCUUGAUGUGGAGUAAAGGAAAAAAAGGCCAGCUCCCACAGACGGUUAAUUUUUCCAUUUUGCCAAUCUGUAUUUAGUCCCUGAAAAUGGACUGUAGCCCAAAAUACCAGGCAGGUGCUUGAGUUUCAGUCUGUUAACAUUUUUAAAACGAAUUUGAAACAUUUUGAUGGAAAAUAAAGGUUCGUCCUUAUUCAUUCAUGCUGCUGGUAAAGGAGUUAUUUUAUUCAUCCAGAAAAAGGAAAUCUUCAAUUUAUGGACAUCUUUGCAUGUCAACAUGGGAAGAUUCACAUGCGCCACUCUAGAACGGCAUCCAAGGCCAUGAACUGUGGCACCAGUGCUUAGUAGAAUUGAUUUCUUAAACCGUUUGCUUUUACAUUCUGUUGCUUGCUCUCCUUUGUAUGUAAAUUGAGACAAAAAAGUGGACAUUUUACCAAAAUCAUGUUGCUUCCAUGGGAACUUCACUGGCAUUGAUAGUGUGUGCAUGUGAUGUGCUGAAUGUGUGUAAACCUGCAGGACUCCUACCCAGAAGCUAGCAUUUCACAAAGACUGUACCUGAACUCAGCAUUUACUAUGGUGCCAUCGACCUUAUGGAUUUUGAUCAGCCACGCUGGCAUCCUGUGGGGUUCAUUGUGAAGUUGUGUGUGUAAAGGGGGGUUGUGGGGGGGGUUGGAUGCAUUCACAAUAGCUGUAAAGAACCCUGAAAAUAGCUGAUGGAAUUGUUGACUUUCUUGUGAAAUGUGAUGAUUUUUAUGUCCUUCAACCUAAGGUGUUUUUCUCUUCAAGCUCCUGAAAGACUUUUCUCUCCACUUCCAUUGAAAACCCACUUGUCACUCACUGUGGGGAAACUGUGAAGAAGCAAACUCAUCCCAAUUUGGUUACUCAGUAUCUGGUCUCUGAGGUGGCACUAGCAAUAAAUGCAGCCUAACUAUUAUCACAAUCAGGGUCCAAACAACUUAUGGUCACAACCAAGGGGCGUUGAGUGUUUUUUGUUGAAAUAAAGCACCUUUGCUUAAGCUUUUUGUGUGCGCACUGCAGUUGCAGGACUACGAAGGACUUUUGAGGUGUUCUGUUGGGCUUGUUUAUUUUGUUUGUAGAAGAUAUUCAAUUUGAAACUCAAUGCCAAUGUCAAUGCCUAGUUCAAUGUUACUGCUUACUGUAACGCUCCUUGACACUACAAAACAUUGCAGUUUAUCUUUGAGAGUGUUUCACUGGUAAAUAUGUAUAUGCAUACUUAACUGUACAGGCAGGCCUCGCCUACGAGGCUUAUACCCACCUUUCAUUUAAAAUGCUAUGGCACUAUAAAGGACUUCAUAUUGAAAAGGUCACUGUUCUCAGACAUGGACUACUUUCACAUGCUGAUGGAUUUAUGGGCAUGGAGUGUUUUGCCUCUUAUCCUUUACUGCAAAAGACAUGGACGCUUCUCAUCAUUAUACCUGCACCAAACUAAUGUUGCCCUGAUGUUUUUGUACUUUUAAGAUGCAUAUUUCAUUUUGUCAGAGGACCAGUGCUUUCUACAGCUGAUCAGCAUUCUGUUUAUCCUAUCUGAUCUUUAUCCUUUCAGAUAUUUGGUCAUUACUCUCCCUUGUUAAAAAAAAAAAAAGCUUAUUGAAAGAAAAGAAAUAAAGCAGUUGUGAUUUCUUAACCGUA